AUGACGCAAGCAAGCUACAGUAAUAAUGUCAUGCAACACACACGAUUUCUCAUUCUCACCUUUCCUUUCAUUCUCUGUUGCUUUUAUUUCUCUCUUCGAUCAGGUGCCCAGAGCGUCGUGGUUGGGCUCUCGGUUCUAUGCUCUGCCGUUUAUCUGAUUUCAUCGCGGCGACAGCGAAGGCAACGUAGUAGUGUCCCAGAAAAGUCUCUACCUGAAGAAACACACGGUCAUCGAAGUGUGGAAGACAUUUUGGCAGAGAUUGAAAAUAUGGAUAUUCACAACAUCGAGUUGGAUCCCCAUGCGAUGAAAUAUCUUGCAACUGUCGAGGCCUAUCUGAAAUGCUUUGACCAACUAACAGAGUUGUACAACGAUGUCGACCCAAGUCACAAACUUGCCAAGUAUUACUUGCCCGACAUUAGCCGUCCUAUUCAACAACAUUCCAUGAAUGGUGAUCCUGUCAAGGAUCUUGACGAAUUGUAUGAAGUUGCAGAAGUCAUGCUUCCUGUCUUUAUCAACAAGAUGGAAAGUCUUGUCAAACAACAACAAGCUAGUAGUAGUACUCCUACCACUUCAGAGGAGGAGAAAGAAUCAUCAUGCGGCAUCGAGUUCAAGCUUCCUCCAUGGCAACACAAACUCAAGAGGAGACAACGGGCGUCCGAAAAAGCCAAAGAUGACUAUUCGGAAAAGGGACCUGGUCCACCCGAAUCGUGGCUCAAUGACAUUGUACGCGGCAGCGUAGUGUUCAAUGACAUGGACCAACUCGUAGAAUUUCUCGAGCUCAUUCGAAACGACGAUUCCAUUCAAAUUGUGAAAUCCAAAAAUCGUUUUCGCAAUCCCACCAUUUCCGGGUAUCGGGAUUGGCAGUUGCAAUUUUUGAUUUCCAAUGGUGGCAUUGAACACACGUGCGAACUCCAACUCCAUUUGGAUGCCAUCAAAGAAGCUGGUGUUAUGCUUGGAUCACACGAUUACUACGAGUUUUUUCGAUUGUAUUACGCUGCUGGAAUGAUGCAUGCUACUUUGGAAGAGCGGCUAGAUGAUUUGAGAAUGACGACAGGCCAAGGCGGUUCAAUGAACAAGGAAUUCUUGAGCAAUGUAACGAAGAAUCCGCUCGAAUUGUCGCAGAUGCUGCGGCUUGCCGAUCUGUUUGAGAACCAUGUGCAUGAUUAUCAGCUAGCCAUGAUGAUUACAAAUGCCAUCAGACCAAGUUUGCAACCAAGAGAUUGGUACACGAGAAUGGGAAAUCUGUUUUGGCAGCAAGGGAAGUCGGAGGAUGCAGUUGCACUCUACGAAGAGGCAUUGGUCAUUCAAUUGCAGGCAGUUGGACCGGACCACAUUGAUAAUGCUGAGACCUUUUCCAGCAUGGCUGAUGCGUUGGUGAAGCAAGGCAGGCUAGGAGAAGCAAUGGUAUUGUACCAGAAGGCCCUAGACAUUGCAAUCAAGACAUUUGGGCCUGACCAUGCUGCUGUGGCAACAAUUUAUAAUAAUAUGGCAAACAUUCUUACAAAUCAAGAAAGAUUCGACGACGCUCUAACGAUGUAUCAACAAGCGCUGGGUAUUCGAUUGAAGGCACUUGGGCCAGACCAUGCGCUCACGGCACAUACUUACGCCAGCAUGGCAAGUGUGCUACACCAUCAAAACAACCUAGAGGAAUCUUUGGCCUUUUAUCAGAUGGCAUUGGUCAUCUUUUUCAAGGCACUUGGACCUGACCAUGCCGAUACGGCACAUACCUACGCCAACAUGGCAACUGUUCUAAACAAAAAAGGCGUGUCCUCUGGGCGAAUGGGCACAACGAGUAGGGAGCAUUCACGCUCAAAGAGACGUAACUCCAAGGAGCUGUCCAAGAAAACCGUGUCUUCGUUGACGGAAAUCAUGGGCGAAGCUGACCCUGGGGCGGAGGAAAACAAAGCCGAGGAUACUGACGAAGAGAAAGCGAAGCUGUCACGAAAACCAAGACAACGCCGAGCUCGUCGUAGACGGAGGAAUCAGUUUGGUGGGUCAAGUUUGGAAGCUAUUAGUGAGGACGAAUCUGAAGAUGAUUCAGAAGGUUUAUCCGAGUCGGAACCCGUCGGUACGCCGUCCCUUGAUUCUUCUUUUCCAGACCAACCAACCCCUGCUUCUCCUAGUACUAUCAAUCUGGAAAAUAUGGAAAGCAGGCCUCAGGAAGAAGCGAUAGCGUUGCCCCAAAAUGUGGUGGAACUUCCAAGUCAAGCAGAUAUGGCUAACUCCUACAUGAGCAUGGCGGUUGCCCAACAGAAUCAAGGGAAGUUGGACGAAGCAAUGGAAUUGUACCAAAAGGCGCUAGAGACUCUGUUGGAGGUGUUUGGACCUGACCAUGCCAAGACGGCAGACGCCUACUUUGGCAUUGCGAAUGUCCUAAAAGAUCAAGAUAAGCUGGAGGAAGCAAUGGUAUCAUUCCAAAAAACAUUGGAAAUUCGGUUGGAGGUUCUCGGAGAUGACCACAUUGACACUGCAGAUACGCACAGUGGCAUUGGUGAGAUCCUUUGCAAGCAAGGCAAACUGGAUGAUGCUCUGAUUGAAUGUCAAAAAGCGCUCGACGUUCAAUUGAUCGCUGCAGGUGCUGAGGAUCAUUCUUCGACAGGAAAUACCUUUCACACCAUUGCAAAGAUCCUCUUCCAUCAAGACAAACUGGUGGAAGCAAUGGCACUGUGCCAGCAUGCAGUUGCAAUUUAUUGGAGGACCCUUGGACCAGGCCAUCCAUCGACGGCAAAAGCAAAGGAACUCAUGGAACUUGCCCAACACAUGAUGACGGAGAAAUGUGUCAAGCGAAAGCGAAAAGAAAUACUGAGACCGGCCAAUCAAACCGAUUGA